AUGGCAAGAGUCGUCGAGUUGGAUUCUGGCUCUGGAGUUUCCGAUGUACGACUGAGCCUUGACUCGAUCAGAGAAUCGUUGAUUAGGCAAGAAGACACCAUCGUUUUCAGCUUGAUCGAGAGAGCUAAGUUUCCGCUAAAUUCCUCUGCAUUCGAGGAAUCUCGCUGUCUAGAUUCCGGAAUUUCAUCUUCUCUCACCGAGUUUCUCGUCAGAGAGAUCGAAAUCCUCCAAGCUAAGGUAGGAAAAUACGAUAAUCCAGAAGAAAAUCCUUUCUUCCUUGAGAACAUUCCUCACUCGGUUUUUCCUACGCACAAAUAUCCACCGGUUCUGCAUCCUAAGGCUUUAUCCGUGAACAUAAACAAACGCAUUUGGGAUGUUUACUUCAAAGAAAUGCUUCCUCUGUUUGUCAAACCAGGCGAUGAUGGCAACUAUCCAUCAACUGCUGCUAGUGAUCUCGCUUGUUUACAAGCUAUUUCGAGAAGGAUUCAUUACGGUAAAUUUGUUGCUGAGGUCAAAUUCAGAGAUGCUCCACAAGAUUACGAGCCUGCCAUUCGCGCCAAGGAUACAGAGGCUUUGAUGAAGCUUUUGACUUUUGAGAAAGUAGAAGAAAUGGUUAAAAAGAGAGUCCAGAAGAAAGCAGAAACGUUUGGACAAGAAGUAAAGUGCGGCGUCUCUGGUGAUGAUGAAAAGAAUUAUAAAGUUGAUCCGUUGAUUGUCUCUCGUAUCUAUGGAGAAUGGCUUAUCCCUCUCACUAAGGUCGUCGAGGUUGAGUAUCUUCUACGUCGUCUCGAUUGA